UGAAGAGAGAAUACUACUGCCGCUGGGGUCCCGCUCGCGCUCAGCCCCCCGCGUCUUUCAUGCCUACUUUUAACCCUCGAUGUCUCGAGCCCGAAUGCUGUCAGCCGCGGCGCGUUUCAUGCACUUUUCAGAGCCCUCGCACGGAAGGAGAAAUAUUUGGUGAACCGUGCUGAGAAUGAGUCCCGCAUAACUCCGGGUAUUGUUGUUAUCUACGUCCCCCUCCCUCCUCUCUCUUUCUCUCUCUCCCCCCCUGUCCCGCGCUCUCAGAGUUGAGUCAUUGUACAUAAGUAUGGUAGAUAAAGGCCCCUUGUUGACCUCUGCCAUUAUUUUUUACCUGUCCAUUGGGGCAGCAAUUUUUCAAGUCCUGGAGGAGCCCAAUUGGAAGCUGGCUGCAGAGCGGUAUAGUGCCCAGAAGGAUCAAAUACUCGAGGAUUAUCCCUGUCUGACGAAAGAUGAUUUGGACAAAAUAUUAGAGGUGGUGUCUGAUGCUGCAGGCCAUGGGGUCACUAUAACUGGCAGCAAGACCUUCAACAACUGGAACUGGCCAAAUGCUGUUAUCUUUGCCGCCACUGUUAUCACCACUAUCGGAUAUGGGAACAUUGCCCCUAAAACGUCAGCAGGCCGUGUAUUUUGCAUCUUCUACGGCCUGUUUGGUGUGCCUUUGUGUCUGUCCUGGAUCAGUGAGCUGGGAAAGUUCUUCGGUGGCAGAGCCAAGCACCUGGGCCAGUAUCUAACCAAGAAAGGAUUUUCACUGAGAAAGGCUCAAUUUACCUGCACGGCUAUAUUUCUCCUCUGGGGUGUGCUGGUGCAUUUAUUCCUUCCACCUUUUGUAUUUAUGUCCCAAGAGGGUUGGACGUAUAUUGAAGGCUUGUACUUCUCAUUUGUCACCUUGACCACGAUUGGUUUUGGGGACUUGGUAGCAGGUGUGGAACCAAAUAAAGAAUACCCAACUCUGUACCGUUACUUUGUGGAAGUGUGGAUUUAUCUGGGGUUGGCCUGGCUUUCUUUGUUCUUCAACUGGAAAGUGCGGAUGGUGAUUGAGGCCCACAAGGCACUAAAGAAGCGCCGCAAGCUGCGCAAGCUAUCUCUUGAUGAGCUCCGGCACUACAAAGAGUCUCACAAGGCUGCCCUUCGUCUGCCACCCAGUCCUAAUGACGUCAACAUCUUCAGCUUCCUGUCCAAGAAGCAGGAAGGCUACAAUGACUUGAUCAAACAGAUUGGCACCAAAAAAGAUGUCAGGAACAACAGCGUUAAUGCCAACACCAUAAAUAAAUCCAAAGAUAUUGGUCGUUCCAAGAGCUGCCAUGAUACUCCCAUGUUUAACGGACACACCAUCCUUAGUCUGGACCGAUCGCCGCGCCAAAAGAGGCGCUAUAGUUUCAGUGACCGAGUCACUGUUGCUUUUUCAAAGUCCAAGAACUACCUCCUGGGCUCAGACAACGGUUUGCUGCUAACAGAGGACCACGUUGAAGGUGACUUAGAACUCGACCAGAUGUAUGAGAACCAGCUAGACAAGGACGUAGACCUAGAGAAUGGAGGGGUGGGAGAUUGUGGAGCAGGUGGUCGAAGGAUGUGGGACUCAAAGGAGUACCAUCCCCUAACAUUCCAAAAUGCAAACAUUACUUUUAUAGACGAGGAGAACUUUCUCAGCAAUAACUUAGAAGAGGAGGAGGAGGAGGAGGAGGAGGAGGAGGAUGAUGAUGAUUCUUCUAAAGCAAAACUAUCCAUUACUACAUGUGAUGAAAACAUUGAAGCAAACUCCAAGGAGGAGCAUAGUUCUGAAUUUGAAGGAUCUGUGUUCACUAGUGAUGGUUCAGAGCACAGCCACUCCUAUGAGAAACUUGUGGAGGAAUAUGCAAAGGAAGAAAAUAACGAAUCUUGAGAUAUAACAAAGCCUUGAACUGUCUAAAGUCAAGACAGUCAAGUUGUUGAAUUGGCUGGCAUUGAAGUAUUCUAAUGUGAAUUGUUUGAGUGAAUAUCAGAAGUCCCAUUGCACGUUUGGGGGUCUGAUACUACAAAGCCAAGAUCAAAUUUCUAUGAAAUGUUCUGUUCAUAGCUGAGAAAUGGAAAUCCCCAUCAUGUUGACUGUUCCUAUAAACCCUUGAACAAUCUUCUCGGUAAAUGUGGACGACAGAGGGUGACAUGUAACCCAUGAGUAUUUAACAUCUACUCUAUAUAUGCCUUUUUAUGUAGUUUGAGAAACUAAAUAACACACAUUUAUUGUAAUGUCCAAACAAGAACUAUUUACCAUGAGUGCUUUUUUUCUACUCCUAGUCUGAUAAGAAAUUAUAGGUGGAAAUGUGUUUGAUUACCCAUAGAUUACUUCUAUGCAUAUUCACCAUAUUGGUGUUUUUAUAAUAUUUAUUAAAAUGAAGGACAUAGUAGCAUUUAUCCAAUGGCUGCAUGAGUUUAUAUGUCUCCCAUUGCACAAUUCCACCAAACAAGGACAGUUCGAAGUCCGUUUCAGUGCAGACUUUCUUUUUAAAACCUGAGCCAAACAUCUGUCCUUACAGAAAAUGAAGGGGGUUAUAGGCCAAUUCUCUUUUUUUUUUUUUUUCUUUGGUAUGUCACUUGUUUCUUUUGUGAAGUCCCUGCUGCCUAGUUGUGUCUGAGAUUUCUGUUUAUUUUGACUGUGACUGCACUAGAGGUUAACAGUGAUGCAUAGCAACAUCUGAGUGUCUAGAACCAAUAUAAACUUGGAAAAGAAAGUAAUUCAUUUUAUUAACAGAAGCAUUUACGGCAAAUCUGAAUAUCCUGCCAGAGAGACACUCUAAAUUAUGAUUUGUUUGCCUUUUUUUUGUUCCAAACCUUUUUGACCGCUGUAAAAAAGAAAGUAGAAAAACAAUCAUUGGAAACGAUCCUCCUAUUGUGACAUAAUGCGCAGCCUUUCAGAUUAUCCUCAAAUUGCUUCAGGGAACACAAAGUUUUUAUUGUUGCUUUGCUGUUGACGUGUCAAGUGUCGCUCUGUGGCUUCUGUGCUAUCUACCAUGGCAGUGCAUAAUGGGAACACAACUUUUACAGCAACAAUAUUUUCACAUUUUUGUCCAUUUAGCACCCUUUUGCUUAAUUUUAUUUGUCAUGUAAUUACUGGCUGAAAGCCCAUCGGCAGCCACAAACACAGCUCUGCUCGGACAGGCCAUGGCCUUGCUGCUCAUGUUUGCCUUUGGGGGCUCGCACUUAUGACGAGGUUAAGCCAAGGUUAACUUGUGACCGAUCAAUGCUCUCUUGACGUACAUUUCAGUCAUGAGACAUGAGGCCAGCAGUAUUUCCCCCUUGUUUCACGUGUACACAAAACCGUAAACUCGAGGGACCAAAAUAUAAUGUCCAUUGCUUUUCACAGUCUGACUCUUGAAAGGGCCCUUAGUCGCCCUACUCACCCGCUGCCUUUUGCACACAAAAACUUGAAACUGUUACAGUGAAUAUUAAGAUGGCGGUGUCACUCUACGCUACUUUGAAUUUAGAACUCCUCAUGGGUACUGUAAAUAUCGUCAGGAUUUUUCCUUAACUCCUGACUCUGCCUUACAGAUGGCUGCUAUUAGGGGAAAAGGCCUUAAAUCCACUGCAAAGUACAAUGUAACAUCUGUUAAAUGUACUUCUAUUCUUCUCACUGAGUCAUUAUAUCUUUCACACUGGGUGUUUUUAAUUCCCCCUCUUGUGUUUCGUCACAGGGCCAUCACCUAAAUCUAUGUGAGCAUUCCUUUGUCUUUCUCUCAUUUUCACUGGUUUUCGUUGGUUCGGCAUUGUUAUACAGUACAAUACAUUGUUAUAUGGUACCUGCCUGGACUGAAUUUCAAGCUUGUCUUUAGAUUAUUAACUCAGAACAGGUUAGGCUGGUUUAACCCACUACCCCAAGCUUUUCUCUUAAUGUUGCUCCAUUGUGUAAAACUCCAGUAAAUUUGUUUUUUUCGUUGUUUUUUUUAAGAUUAAAUUAUUGAUGUUUAAAAAAGUUUGCAUAUGAAUUCCAAACAAAACUGUAUAUUUCAUGUAAAUAAACAUUUAAUAAAACCUGAGUGUUACUUUACCUUACAUUAAAGUGGCACUCCAGUGGUUUUAAACAUGGAAGUUCCGCUGCACACAGACUGCAUACACAGGCACGUUCCACACAUGCGCAGUAGAAAAACGUGAUGCCGACUCAUUUUCAGGUUCAUACUUGUAUUCCAAGUGACCUUGAGGGCAACUGUGGCUAAGUAGAUAGCAGGGCA